AUGGACGAGGCAAGCUCCCACGCCGCCGCCAAGGCCGCGCCCGUGCGGGCUGUCGCCGUUUCCCGGGUUGCGCCGUCGGUGCUCGGGCAGGGGCAGCGCGGGGAACGCGUGAAACUUUCCUUCCUUGAUUCGUUGUGGGUCGUGCUGCCGCCGAUCCAGCGGGUGUUCCUGUACCAGCUUGGGGAGGAUGGCGGCAGUGACGACGGCUUCCAGGCUGUGGUCGAGCGACUCAAGCGCGCUCUCGCGGACACGCUGGCGCACUACCUGCCCCUGGCGGGGACGCUGGAGUACGUGGCGGAGACCGGGGACGCCUUCGUGGACUGCACCAACGCCGGGGUCGCCUUCAUCGAGGCCGAGGGCGGCAUGGAUGUGCAUCGUCUAGCUGGCGACGAGGCGCACGACACCCUCGCAUUCCUGAGCCUCGUGCCGGAGCUCGAUGCACGGGUGCUCCCGGCGCCCGUGCUGUCAGUACAGGCCACUCGUCUAAGCGGCGGCCUGGCGGUCGGCCUGUCUGUGCACCACGCAGUAGCCGACGGACGCGCCGUGUGGCGAUUCAUGGAGGCUUGGUCUUCCGCUGCCCGCGAGGGCUCCCCAGUCACCAAGGUCCUCGGCCCGCCACACUACAGCCGCGACGUCAUCUCACACCCGAACGCCGACGAGCUCGCCCGCGAGAUGCUAAAGACCGUCGCGCCCAAUCUCCCAAAGGUGAGGGGGCAGUACGACUUCAGCCAGCGGUUCCUGCUGGCGCGCCGAACGUUCUACCUCGGCGCCGACGAGAUCCGGUCGCUUAGGCGGCGGAUCGACGACCUCGCCUCCGCCGAGUCUACUGCCGCCGUGACAGCUGGUACUGCGAACACCGGCGACGAGGACGGCAAAGAUGACAAGCGGAAACAUGUGUCUGGUGUUAUAUUGAAAUGGAGGAUGAGGUAUUAG